AGCUGCGCAGGCAGAUGCAUUACGUGACAAUCAAUUAAGUGAGAUUUAAUUUUAUUUAUUCAAUUUAUGUGAGGCUUUGAUAUGUUUUCUUUUUCUUAUGCCUUGGUGCUCCUACAUUGCGCGCGACUGGCACGGUAUAAUAGAGAAUAAAGAGACAACCCUCCCUUGUAAGAUAAGGUAAGGAGAGUAUCACAAUGGGCCCAACUAUGAAUAGUGGCAGAGCCGUUUUAUUUAUCAUAUUUUUGGCAUCACUAGGUGUUUAUUUAUACACGGAACACUGCAUGCUUGACUUGUUGUCAAGUCUCAAAUUCCCAGUUUUUACAGUAGAGGGUCAGGCGUAUGGUGGUCUGAGUGGAAUGGAUCGGGCCAGGCAACGCAUUCCUGAGAUGCAGCAACAAUCAAACUUCAAGCAAUGGCCCUCUUCAUUGCAAACGAUGUUAUUCUCCCAGAAACAACGACAAAAGGCCAAGGGCCCGAAACGCAAUUGCUCCUGUCCUUUUGAAUCCUUCUGCUUCUUGGCUCUUACACGCGUGCGCUUCUGGUCAGUAUCCCAGUUCGCCUACGACACUGCCGUGUGAUGAACUGAGGUGGAAGUCGUCGAAUGACACUAACUGAGCAGCAACAAACAUGAGCUACGCGACGCGCCUGGUCCGGCGGGAUCCCGAACAUGUUGACCAUCCCAUAGGAUUGGGAUGGCUGCUUGCUAUUGCUCUUUGCGGUGGCAUCCUGUUUUUCACAACGGUUGGC